UGGAAGAUAGAAACAAUACAUUAGCUAAUAUACGAUUCUUUUUUUAAAUAAGCGAUGAUGUCUACCUAAACUUUUAAACUAAUCUUAAUCUCAUUUAUCGUUAGUAUGCUAAGCUAAGCCUUUGUUCUUCAGGUGCUUCGGCUCAUCUUGAUGAUGGGAAAACAAAGUAAUAAUACUCGGUUCAGGAGGUCUGGAGGGCUUUUGGUACUUCUGUCAACCGGAACAGGAAGUUCUCCAGAAAUAUUAAACUGUACUGUUGCAGCUGCUGGUUGCUGGUGUGCUGGGAUGAAAAUGACUUCCCUGCAGCCCGAUUUGAGGGACAGAAUGUUUCCGCCUGUGUGGCCGUGUCCUGAGAUUGACCCCGAGGAGCUGAGUGCCUUCACCGAUCUUUAUGGUUCACUCAAAUUACUCAUGGGCUUUCAGAUUACAGAUGAAAGCUAUUCCACUGCAGACUGGGGAGACCACAUUGAGGCAUUUCUUCAGAGUUUCAAUUUGACUAAUGCAGCAAUAAAUAUCCAUCUGAAGUUCAGGUUUAAUGAGAGGACCUCACAGCGUGAGUUUAGAGUCAAGGUCAAAAGUAUUAUUCUACAAGUAUUCCAAGCAUCUGUCAUCCUGGAUGUGUCUCAUUCUGCACAGCUUCCACAGUGUGUGAGGAAUAGUUCUUGGUGUCAGGGGGCACAUCAUGUCAUCGGAUCCAGACUGCCUCUCAGCAUCCCACCCCAAGCCAUGGAUCAAGGCUUGUUCGGGGAGCUCAGUAUCCAGUUUGUGUCACUCCUGAGCCCCUGCCUGUUGCAGUACCCCAAUCUGCCCACCGAGCUGACACGCGUCCAGAUAUCCUUUUGUUUGUUUGUGGUUUUGGCAUACAGUAAUUGGAUCCUUGACCUGACGUGUUUCCAGGUGUUGGUAUACAGCCCGAGUAAUAUUCCAGUGCCAGGGCCAUCUGGCUUUUUGCAAGCCCUUCCUGUUGCUCUUGACUGUCAACUACUUGGUCUGGACAGAGUAUACUGCUCUUCUUUCAAAGCAUCCGCUGCAGAUCUUAAACGCAGCUGCGGUACAGAAUACACAGUAGAAGAAGACAGCUGGGAAUACCCAGAGCUUGAAUCCAGCCGAGCUCCAGCGCCAGUUCAGCAGAGUCUCGUACUUUUCCUCUUCUUACAGCAUAAUGAUCCCUUCACCUGCCAGCUUUCUGAUCUGUUGGCUACAGAGGUGUUGAUAGAGCAACACCUGGAGGACAUUCUCUGCAACAACAGGCGUGCCGUCACAGCAGCCCUGCAGUUUGAACUGUGGAACACGCUGAAAGCCCAAAAUCGGAGAAAAAAGCAACAAGAGAAGGUGUAUUCAUCAAUUGAAAUGAUCAUCAGCUCCACCAUCAGUAUAGUGAGCAGCAGCACUAACAUGGACUUCAGAAAUGCUUGUUUGAACCGCAUGAAGGUGCAUGACACACAUGAAUUGUCAGGCUCCCUCAGGGAAUCGUUAUGGAAAGUGACAUCAUGGAAAUUCUUCCCAAGGUCCAGGUGCUACUAUGCUCAGAUGGAGGGACAUCCUGAUUGUCAUGAUCCCACCAGAACAGAAAUCUGAGUAUGUGUGUUAUAGAGAAAGAACUGUUAAAUCUUUGAUUCAUAUUCGUAAUUCACUUACACUUGCUUCACUUAGUUGAGUAUUAAACAGUCAUCUAUAGAGUACAAUGUUACCCAUUGUUUUACUGUUUUACCCACACAACAGGGAAAUCAGUUCACCUGAAACAGAUUGAUUAUUGGUAUUUUAGUAGUCAUAACAUCCAUCCAUUGUAAAUACCGCUUAUUCCUAUAAGGGGGGGCAGGAACCUAUUCCAGCUGACAUUGGACAAGAGACAGGGUACACUCUGGACAGGUCAUAGUCACAACAACUGAAUGCCAAUUUUUAAACUGUUAUUAAGUCAUUUCAAGAAAUUAAAACCUAAACAUUUUAACAAAUGUACUUUUCUGUCUCACAUCUUCAUAAAGAACCAUUUCAAUUUCACUGUUUUGUGCAUGUGAUUUAUCAGGUCAAUGAUUUCCAACUGAAACAGAACAUCUGAUAGAUAGAAAA